AUGGAGUUUAUUGAUCGUUUAAUUCUGGAAUUACCUUCUGAUCCUAAACCUCUCAUGUUAACCUUCCACUGUCUAUUUCCAAAUGACUUUCUUCCAGCCUUGGACAUUCUCGACCGCAAACUGGUCCACUCUGUCCACUGUGACUCUGUCGAGCUGUUUCUGGUCACCUCCACGGCCUCAUCAGACAGAUACGAGGUUCGACUACAGGCAUGGAAUUGUAGCUGUCCGACAUUCGCCCUCGCUGCAUACCGGGAUGUCCAGACCGCCAUGAGAAAUCCUCCGGAUAUUCCCUACCCAUUUGGCGGGACCUUGGCUCGCACAGCCCAGCCCCCGGUCUGCAAACACAUUCUAGCUUGUGUGCUGCAUGCACGCUGUCCCGAUCUGUUUGGCAACGGGAAUGAGAACGGUACCCUCAUCUCCAAGGAGGAGCUGGCUGGCUGGUGUGCGGGAUGGGGUGGGUGA